AUGAGUGUUCUAGAUAUAAAAAAGUUUAUGCUAGUGUUGAUUGUGGUUAAAAAUGGUUGCGGUACGGAGUUUGCUAGAUACGAUAACUACAGAGUGUAUGAAGUAGUCGCCAAUAGUGCGAAACAUUUGGAGACGCUGGAGUUCCUGAAAACCUCAAGUGAUAGUUUCAUUUUCCUAGAAAGUGGCAAUAAAAUAGGUGAUAGUUUUAGUAUUGUAGUGGCUCCGCAUAAAUUUGCCGACUUUGUUGCAUCUUUGGAGAAUGAAGGAAUGUAUCCGCGACUGAUGGACAGGAAUUUGCAACAAAGUAUCGAUGAUGAACGAAAUCGAAUGCUUUCGAAAAGAACUAAGGGUAUUUUUGAUUGGACGGAGUACCACGACCUGGAUGAGAUUAAUACCUGGUUGGAUAAAUUGGCCACAGAGUACAGUCAAGUGGAGAUUAUCAAUGGCGGCCGGUCCUAUGAGAAUCGUACCUUGACAGGGGUAAAAGUGUCGUACAAGUCCGGUAAUCCAGGAAUUUUCAUUGAAGGAGGAAUCCAUGCUCGUGAAUGGAUAUCACCGGCCACGGUUACAUACAUAUUGAAUGAACUGUUAACUAGUGAGGAUAAACAAGUAAGAAACCUGGCGGAAAAUUACGAUUGGUAUAUUUUUCCUAGCGUCAAUCCAGAUGGUUACGUUUACAGUCACCAAAAAGAUCGAUUGUGGCGCAAGACACGAACCCCAUUUCCCGGAGGAUGUUUUGGGGCCGAUCCAAACAGAAACUGGGAUUUUUAUUGGGCAGAAAAAGGCUCCAGUCAUCGUUGCACUGCUGAAUCAUUCGCAGGGCCAUUUCCUUUCUCAGAAGUCGAAAUGAAAACCUUCUCGGAAUACAUUAAUUCUCUGAGAGGCAAAAUCCAAUUAUACAUCUCAUUCCAUUCGUACUCUCAACUGUUAUUGUUUCCUUAUGGCCACACUAGCCAACAUACGGAAAACCAUCAGGAUCUGAAUGACAUCGCAAAGGCAGCUGUUACGUCACUAGCACAGCGAUACGGGACAAAAUACCGCUACGGUAAUAUCUACGAUGCCAUAUAUCCGGCAAGCGGUGGCAGUGGUGAAUGGGCCUAUGGAGUGCAGGGUAUCAAACUGGUGUACACGUAUGAAUUGCGGCCAGCUCAUGGAUGGGUCGGAUUUGUUCUGCCUCCAGAGCAAAUCAUUCCCACUGGCGAGGAAACACUAGACUCGUUGGUAACGCUCGUGCAUGAGGCCAAGGAACGUGGAUAUUUUAAAGUGGGAAUAGAGACUUUUAAUGCAGUGGAGAAGAAGUGCAUCUGUACUUAA